AGAUAAUCUAAACUUAAUGUUAUAAAGUUUAGAUCGAAUUCUAUUUAUAUAGUUAAAUUACAACUUGCGAGUAUUAAAUGAAAAGUACAUGACUAUCGCCUGUUACAUUUUUAUAAUUCGUACCAUUUAUAAAAGUUAAGAAACUAAUUUUUUUUUUAAAUUAUCCUUUUACUUAGUAGUUAAGUAUUUGAGAUAAACGUUUUGAAUAAUGCUUCCUGGACGUGGAGUAGGUUGUUUGCCGGGUAAGUGUAUGGUGAAACAUAUUAUUAUUUAAUGUUUAUCAUUUUUCCAUUCUCCCAUAUUAUUUAUUAUUUUUUUCAUGUGAUUUAUAUUUUCAGAUAAUCCUUUGGGUUUAUCAUGGCACGACAGUAAUUGGAUUCCUAUGCUCAACUCUAAUAACGUUCUCGACUAUUUCUCAGAACGUAGUAAUCCAUUCUAUGACAGAAGUUGUAACAAUGAAGCUAUUAAAAUGCAACGGCUUAGCAUGGACCAAUUGAGGUGAAUAACUAAAAUUUAAAUUUUUCAAUAUCUGCAUUGUUUGUAGUAUUUUGUAUUUAUCAUACAUCUAGAAAAUAGGUAAUUAAUAACUAUUAUUAGUAGUGUUUGUUUAAAAGAAAAAAAUAUUCUGGUAUUGAAUCCUUUGGUUAGUAUUCAUUAAUUAAAUUGUUAAUAACAUAUACCAUUGUUUAUAAUUUGAUUAUAGUAAUAUGAUUGGAUUGGAAUAUUGUCUUCUUCAUGUACAAGAACCUAUUUUGUAUGUGGUACGUAAACAACAUAGACAUUCUCCUACUCAUUCUACACCAAUUGCUGAUUUUUACAUUGUUGCUGGAAUAGUAUAUCAAGCACCAGACCUUCUAUCAAUUAUCAACUCCCAUAUGGUAAAUGAAAUGCAUUUACAGUUAUAUUACUCCCAUUGAACCUACUAAUAGAUACAUCGGUAAAAGUGUUGUUUGUUACUUUAAAAGUAAUAUAUUUGAAACAAAAUUUCAAUGCAAAUGAUGCCUAACAUAUUUAUGUUGUGUUGUAUCAUAGUUAUUUAUAACUCAAUUAUGUUAAUUGUUAUUGCGACUAUAUAUUAUAUUAUAAUUAACAAAUUUUUAAAAUAAUAUAUUUAAGCCUUGGUUUCCUACAAUCACCCAUCUGUGAUUGCGUGGUGCCUGGUGUAUGUUAGUUCAAUCACGCCUGUGUGAUUAUGACUGUGGUUUGCAAUUAAACAAAUUUCCAUUAGUUGGUGUUAAUUCAUCAAAUUGGACAUACUUACGUUUUAUAAUAUUUUAGAGGAUGCAGCAGAUGAAGUAUUAUUAAUGUAAAUCACUUCGAGAAUGAGAUGACAAAAUGUUUAGUGAACGUAGCAGAGGGGGCUUUUAUAAUUUAAUAUAAAAUUACUAAUUGACAGCAAAACUAGAUUUAAAGCAUAUUUUAGAAUAUCAUUUAAAUUAUUUAACUUUACAGGUUGAUUCAAAAGUUAUGUUACAGUCAUUUUAUCAUGUAAAUAUCCAUAAUAGAGGAAAAUAUUUGGAAGUACAAAAGUUUUUAGAUUUAUAAACAUCUAAAAUAAUAUUUUAAUAAUUAUGUACUGCGCAUCAUACCUUCUGUGGCGACUGUUUUGCGGUUGACACACGUGCAUUAUUUUUAAACACAAACACUGUUGUUCAGUGUUUCAACUUUUGCUCAAUCAUGCAUCGCGCAUUACAUCACGCAAUCGCGGAAUGCGUGAUUGUAGGAAACUAAUGCUUUACAUUCCAAAUGUAAUAUUGUAAUUCACAUUGUUUGUUUAUUGUUCUUGUACUAAAAAAUAUUUGAUAUUGUUAUUUAAGAUGUCUUCAGCAUAUCAUUUAGAGACUGCAUUUGAAGAAUUAAACUCAUUGGCAAGAUUUCAUCCAUCAAAAGGUUAUUCUUGGGAAAAUCGCAGACCUGGUCAGCCUACUGGUCCUGUAACAGCACCUCCACCAUCUCCAGUUAAAGUACCCGGGAAGAGAGAUACUGAAGAAGCCAGUUCCCAAUUUCAAAGGUUACGAGUAGACAUGCUAUUAGUAGAAUUAACAAGAAAGUUUCCUUUACCUUUACCUCAAGCACUCGCAGCAGUACCUCAAAAUGUUAUAAAUAAUCAACAAACAAGUAAAUAUGUUUUAUAAUAUUAAAGGAUUUUUAAUUUUUAUGGUGUAUGAAUUACUUGUAUUCUAGUUUAGAUAUUUCAAAUUAUUAUUUUAGUACCAUAUUAAAGUUUUAUAAUUUUCAAGAAAAAAAGAGCUGAUACUGGGGAUGGUAGUGGUCACUGUUGUAUGUGAGAAGUUGGGAAGGUAGGAUACAUAAAGUUAAUUCAUUUAUAUCUGUAAGCAAUGAUAAACCAUUGCUUAACGAAAAACGAUUCCAAGUGCAUUUCUGUAAUACAUAAUUUGAAGUGCCGUAAUUUUUUUUUGCGAUUUUCGUUUAAAUUUGAUUUCAAAAGCUUAAUAAAAAAUUUGAUCACGUCUAGAAAAGGUAAAUAUAAGUUUUCCGUCCAAAUUUAAAACUACUUCUUUCUAUUUGGUUAAUAUCAAUGAAGAUGAAUAUAUUAAUAAUUUGUCCUCUGAAUUUUUGUUUUGUUCAUUUAUAUAUUAUAUGUUUGUUUUCUUAUAUUUUAUUAGUUAUAAAUGGUUUAAUAGUUUUUAUUAAUAUUGAAAAUGUUUUGUGACUGUGUAUACAAUUUUUUAAGACUACCUCUUUUACUGUUUGCUUUAUAGACGAAGUGAUUAAAAAAGAAGUGAAACAAGAAAUAAAACAAGAAAUGGUUCAAGAUGUAAUUAUUAAACAAGAAGCACAGCCUAUUAAUUCUUUAUCACCACCAAUGAGGCCACCCCCAGAGAAAAAGUUUAAACCUUCGUGAUUAAUUUGUAUGUAUUACUAUUUUUAGUUAUUAAUUUAUAUGCACUGUAUUGUAUAUAAAGAUUAUAUACUGUAAUUGAUGCUAAUUAAGACUUUAUUUUAAUAAAAUAAUUUUGAUUAAAAAAUAUAUUGUCAAUUGGCCAUUCAGUUAUUUACAAAUAUAAUUUUCGUUGACCUUAUUAGGAAUAUUAGGUUUUUAAUGUAAAAUAAAUGUAUUUAUUUAUUAUUUUUAUAUUUUAGUAAAAAUGUUUGUAACAAUAUACAGUAAAACUUCCAUUAAUGGUCAUUUUUUUUUAGUCCCAUCAAGUGUUAUGCCUUUAGAGGUUUCCUAUAAUGGCACCUCUAAAUAGCAGUCAUUAUUUUCGGUUUCUUUAGAGACCGUUAUAUGAAAGUUUUACUGUACUACAUUAAAGUGAUUCUUAUUUGGGUAAAGAGAGAAUUUUUUUUGAUGCCCCUUAACUUAGUUCAAAAAAAUAAAAAAAUGUUUAGUACCAUUUAAGUUUUCUUGGGCAAUUAUGUUGUCCCCCUGUAACAAGUUACAUUUCAAAUGUAUUGGUUUUUUUGUUUAUAUAUCACUAUUUCAUAGUGUGUAUGAAAAAAGAAUGUAUCUUGUAUGGCAAUAAUCUAGGUUUAGGUAUUUUUUGAUGUUGGUGGAAAAUAUAUUAAACAUUCCAUAUCACUUUCUG